AUGAAUGUCAACGACGAUAAUAAUCAACAAUCAAAGAUAAAAUGUCAUGGUAAUCGAAGAGAUCAACGUUUUCGACGAAAAUGUCGUAAAAGUGGAAUGGAACCAACAGAAAUAAAAAAAUUACUUGAAAGUAAUAAGUCGAAACAGUCGACAACAACAGCAACAAUAGAUUUGAAUAAACGUAAACGAAAUAUAUCACUUCAAGAAUUAAGAGCAAAUUCAACUGUACCAAAAUCAACAAGUUCAAUAUCAAUACUUCAACCAUCAUCGAAAAA